AUGUCUGGCCCACCUGUUUUUUCUGUGUUACAGGGUAGCAAUACAACCCACAGCAUAAAAGGGCAACAAAUCUCAAUGAUUGGGAAUGGUCAUUCUUUUCAGCAAGGGGUGUAUGUCAUGGACCCUUCUUCUUUUAACCAAGGUAUUUAUGCUGAGAAGCAAAGCAGUUUCGCAGAGCGUGCCAAUAUGAUGCAGUUAAAUAACUUCAUGGCAGACAAUUCUUCGCCUGCUGGAAACCGCUGCCAGAGACUUGGUUGUAAUGAAGUUGUUGAAGGCCAGACAGCGUUCUGCAAAAGCCACCGUUUAGGCCAACAAUGCCAGAUGAUUGGCUGCCCUCAGAUCCCACCAAAUGGCGUAGCUUUGUGCAUGACCCAUGGUGGAGGCCAUCCUGGUUCCAGUGCAAUACCACUCGCUGAAUCUGAAGGUUCAAUGAAGUACGAAGGAGAUGGCCAAUUUAGAGUGAUGGAAAAUGCUAUGGGUAGCACAGUCAUACCUAAUCCUGAUGGCGAAGUUGUGAUGUGCAAGUACGAAGGAUGUAGCAAACGAUCCCAGGGAAAUACUGUGUAUUGCAAGGUCCACAGUGGUGGUUCAAAGGCCUGUAUGGUUCAAGGUUGUACCAAGGGAGCACAUGGAGGCACUCCUAUGUGCAUUGCUCAUGGAGGAGGCAAGCGCUGUUCCGUCGCUGGAUGCCGCAAUGCUGCAUGUGGAAGCAGUCAAGGUCGCACCGACUGCUGUGUGAGGCACGGUGGUGGCAAGAGGUGCAAACAUGAUGGAUGUGGAAAGGGUGCUCAAGGGAACACAGAUUUUUGCAUUGGACACGGUGGAGGGAGGCGGUGCAAGUUUGAAGGAUGCGGAAAGAGUGCACAAGGGCGGAGUGAUAACUGCAUCAAGCAUGGUGGUGGCAGACGCUGCAAGUUUGAAGGAUGCAGCGCCAGCGCAAAGUGGGGUGUGGAUUUCUGCUCUGCACACAGGAAGAGCAUGCUGGGCGAAGGUGAUACUGCCGAUGGAGCACCAAAGCCGAAACGUCGGGCCAAGAAGUCUGGGGCGAAGAAGGCCGAGAGGGCCAAGAGGGCAAAGAAGACGGCUGAUCCAGCUGGUCCCUCCAGCGAGGAUGUUACCAUGCCCGCUGUAAUUUCUGCCGAUAUGCCCGAGAUGGGCGCUAUCCAUGUCGCCGCCCCCGUUCCGGACCGUCCCAAGUCACCUGAGACCGCUAUAGCGCUUGAACAGCCACCACUUCAGCUUCAACAACCACCGCCGCUUCAGUCCCCGGCUCCAUCUGGAUUGGCCGCCUCAGCAGAGGAGGGCCUGCCAGCAACAGGUAGUGUAUUCUUUGGUUUAUAG